UUUAUUAAAUACACAAGGGUAAAUCCAAAAUCCGAUUUUGCAUUUCAAUCCAUAUCCCGCGUUGUACUGAAGCCGAAGAUAAAAAGGGGCAGUCGGUGUGGUGUAGGUGUAGGAGCUUGUUGUGCUGUGUUUUCUCUCCAACCAAACACACUAUCUACUUUUUUUUCUCUCUCCAUCUCUAAAAACAGACAUGAUUCGUCAAAACGAUCCGAACCCGUUCGAUGAGGAAGAGGUCAAUCCAUUCUCGAAGGUUGCUACUGCUCCUGGAUCAAGGUCGCGCGUUCCUCCAGCUGCGUCUGCAAACCUGGGAUUUAAUGACAAAUAUGAUGCUACUGUAGAUAUUCCAUUGGACACACUGAAUGAUUCUAACAAAAAAGAGAAAGAACUUGCAGCUUGGGAGGCUGAUUUGAAACGGAAAGAAAAGGACAUAAAACGGAGGGAAGAUGCUGUGUCAAAAAAGGGGAUCCCAACUGAGGAUAAAAACUGGCCUUCGUUCUUUCCUAUUAUCCAUAAUGAUAUAGCCAAUGAAAUACCGGUUGAUGCUCAAAGGUUGCAGUAUUUGGCUUUUGCAAGUUGGUUAGGAAUAGUUCUUUGUCUUGUAUUCAAUAUUAUCGCAGUGACUGUUUGUUGGAUUAAAGGCGGGGGUGCCAAAAUCUUUUUGCUUGCAAUCAUCUAUGCUUUGGUUGGAUGCCCCCUUUCAUAUGUGCUGUGGUAUAGGCCUCUCUAUCGUGCAAUGAGGACGAAUAGUGCUCUGAACUUUGGUUGGUUUUUCCUGGUGUACGCUAUACACAUUUGUUUUUGUAUAGUUGCUGCUAUUGCUCCUCCAAUUGUCUUUGAAGGGAAGUCAUUGACGGGCAUCCUUUCAGCAAUUGAUUUGUUCUCUGACCAUGUGCUUGUGGGGAUUUUCUACUUAAUUGGGUUUGCCUUGUUUUGCUUAGAGAUGCUUCUAAGCUUAUGGGUGAUUCAGAAAGUUUAUUUGCGUUUCAGAGGGAGGAAGUGAGACAUCCGAUUGCUUCUUCUGGUUUUGAAUAGCAUUUCAGAAUUGUAGUGUUGGCCACAUAUUGAACUGGCUUAGUAGUAUUCUUAUUUUGUUCGUCAUAUUCAUCAUUGAGGAUGAUUACUGGAUUAAAAAAUAAAAUGAUUUGCCUAAUUAAUAGAUAGAUGAUGAUAUAUUGCUGGGUUUGAAAGGCUA